AUGUCAGAAAAAACAGAAAAAAUACUUUUGAUGUCCAGAGUGAUGACAAUUAACCGAUCAGUUGCUUUGGUGUCAACUAUAACCUUCAUUGCAAGUAUUUUGAUAAUGGAUGCAUCAGUUUGAGUAUUUUUUUUAGAUAACAAACGCUGAAAAUUAGUGUCUUUACUCCUGUGUAAUUUAAUACCUUUAGGUUGUUGACAAAACAACACAUUUGAGGACUUUUGGAAACACUAAUCAACAUUUUUCAUCGUUCAGAAACCAAACAACAAAACGAUUAGUCGAGAAAGUAGUGACUAGUGAAGUCAACAAAACGUACACACGCACGCGCUCACAGCCACGCCGCAACUCAGCCAAUGAAAUGUUAACUGAGAGUGAGAUUAGUGGAUUAACAUGUACCAAAGUAGCUUGUGUAAGAAGAGAGUGUUACUGUAGCCACCGGUCCAGUCAGCAAAUCCCCGGGGCAGACAGAGCACACAGCGCUCACCGCUUCACACACGGACAGUUUAACGGCUGGACAACUGAACCACGUCUCCAAGUAUAACUUAUUUUUGCUCCCAUCAUGUGAACUCCCUUGUCUCUGUGUGGACCCUGGGGUCAGAGGGCAGUCAUGAUGGAUACACAGCACCAGUGGUCCGAGGCGUUGGCCAGCAACAACAUAGGAGCCAUCAUCCGCUGGCUACGGAAGCUCACAGCUGAAGGUGAAGCAGAUGUGGAGGAAAUCCCCCUGACUUUCAGCAGCUGGGUCCAGAGGACGUCAGAGUUCGCUAAAAAGGAGUUGUUAACAUUAUGUUUCAGCCGCUGCCAGGGCCUGUGGAUGUUUCUGGACCGGAGCUCUUUCACCAGAGUGCACAUGCUGCUCCAGAGACUGAGGAACCUGCUCACCCUGGCCCAGUGGUCGAGAAGGCAGCUCAGCUCGGCCCACCUCUGGCACGGCAUGGGGGUGCCGUGCGUGGUGUGCGGGGAUACAUUGGGCUCCUCAGACGUCAGACGUGGAUGCUGGAACCGGGAGCACAGGGCUCUGAAGCAGCACAUUUGGCUUGGACGGCUUGUUCAGUGGUGGGGCAUCAUGGGGCUUCUGCCCAAGCAGCCUGAGGCUCACGAGGUGAAGCGUAUAUCCCAGAUGUGGAAAGAAAUGGGUCACGGCCAAAGGAAGGCUUGUCUCGAGGCACCCGGAUGCGAGGUAGGAGUCACGGGAAGAUUCAGCUCUUUGAUACAGGGCAUGGUGACUCAGCUGGACAGACAACAUGGAUGCUGCACAGACCAGUGCUAUCCUCCUCCUAACCUGCAGUCCCUGCUGAAGCUCGUGCUGGUGCCUCAUAUUGACAACAUGUCAGUCCAAGCGCUUCUCAUGUACUUUGUUCUGGACAUGGCAAACUUCCUGCAGUGCAAAGACGACCUCCUUCAGUCUUUCUGCCACGCCUUCACCAUUCCUUCCAGCUUUUCCCAACAAAUCAGGGCCUUCUGGAUGCUCGACCAUGGACACGUCAAGGCUUCCAUGGAGCUGCUACUGAGCCCCAGGGCUGCUGUUCCCCGGCUCUCCUGGCAGCACGGCUGCAUCAUCCACUGUCUGCUAACAAGGAAGCAGCCUCAGCUGGCGUUGAGGUACCUCCACUGGACCACGCCUGCAAUAGAAAGUGCUGAUGAUGCUAAGCUCUUUGCAGAUGUGCUGCUUCAAAACAAUUGCGUCUCCGAAGCCUGGACGCUGUUGAAGAAAGGCCACACUGAAAGCAACGACACGGUCAUGUACUUCCUCAAGGCUUGUGAUGGAGUCGGUCUGUGUGCAGAGGCUCUGAAGUACAUCCCUGCAGGAUACCAUGGUGAAGGAGAGAACGUAAAUGGUAUUGAGACUACAGGAUCAGUGUUCAAGGAAGACAAGUCAGCAGUAAGGCCACCCUGCCCGCUGUCUGCUGACCUGUAUCGGGCUCAGAGAGUGAACACAGUGUCCUCAGAGGAGCUGGUCCGACUGGUCAGAAAUGCUGUGAUGGAAGUGAGAAAGCCACGUCCCAAAAUGAGUGAGGUGGUGUGGCCAGAGCACACAGAGAGAAAAUGGCACAGCAGAGAGAUGUUCCUGUCGACCCAGGCUCUGCGUCAUCUCGCGCCAAGCCCCUCGCCACUGGACUUGAUGGAGGAAACAGAGCCAGCAGCUCGUACAGAUGAACCACAAGAGGAACCGCAGCCUGUUCAAAAUCAGCAACCUGAAUCACCAGAGCAGAUCUCUCCCUCUGAGGAUCUGAGCACUGAGUCCGUCUCCUCCUUCACCUCGGCCUCUUCCCUGCCUCUGUUGAGAAGGCAACGCUGUCAUAUUUAUGAGAGUACCUUGACUCUUCAGAGAAUCUCCUCUCUGCUCAACGAUGAAGAAAAUCAAAGCAAGGGGGACGAGGAAGAGGACAGCAGAACCCCCUCGCCGUUCCACGCCUUGCCAGAGUGCCCUGAGCUGAUGCUGACACUAGAUGGCGCCACAGACCCCAUUUUCCUCAGCAACUUGGACAACGACGCUGUGGCCGGGCUGGUGCUUUCUGCAGAGGAUGGAGAAGACGUUGAGACAGAUGUUUUCACAAGCAAGGACUUCCUCGGUGUUGAUGCAUUUCCUGGACCUUCCAUUGAUGAAACCUUUUUUUUAAAUAAGAGCACUGAGAACAACCAAUCACUACCUGAUCUCUGUGAACCCGAGUCUGAGAGUCACAGCUUCCUCUCGCCUGACGAUGAGAAAGUGGCCAGUUGUGAAGAAGUGUCAGAGGAAACUAAGAAAACUGACCAAGAGGACCAUUUGGAUCGCAUCCGGUAUGAGAUUUUCGACGUCGGUGAGGCUGCCACAUUUGACUGUCUCCUGCAGGAAGAGCCUCUCUGGAAAACGUAUGAGAAUCACCAGCAGGAGGACCCACCGGGAUGCUUCGGUCAAGGCUUCUCCUAUGCCACAUCUGAGACCACUCAGGACCCUCAGCAGAACCUUCCUCCAUCAGAGGAUCCCGCAGCCUGCAGCUCGAGGUCAUCAGCAGGGACGAGUUGGGAUGUCUCCCUCUUCCCCCCAGUGUGCAGCUCUGUUCGCCCCACACGGUUUCAGCAGAUUUCUGGUAGCUUUCUGACCUCCAGCACAACCUACAACAUCAAAACCACCUCUGCUCCCUCGGACACCGCCAAUGAGAAGGAUGAACCCUGUUUCCAGAGAACCUCAGCCGGCCGGCUCGAUCGUUGCGAAACAGGCAGCUGGUGGAAACAGGACCAGGAAACCUGUGGUGCUUCCAGUGGCCCUCCGUCUGCUACAGAUGCAGGAACGGCAAAUACAUCAGAUGAUAUGAAGUCUCUACUCGUACUGAGCCAACCUCCCUCCUACAGUCUGGUCAACUUCAUGGAUUUCACUGUGAAGCAAAAAGGAGACAGCAGAGAUGGCAAACAGGCAAACAAAGAGGAGCCCGCAGGUUGGAGUAGUUUUGGGAGGGGUUCACAAGGUGCCAUAAGAAGUGGGAGGACGCGAUCAAGGAAAGGAAAACGAGUGAAGAAAGCCUGAGGAUCUAGCACGUCCAGGACUGAGCUGAAUCUGAAACAUGAUGCGUCUUUCUUUUUAUUCAGAAUACCAUUCUGAAUCCAAAUCCUAAAGCAACACCGUCAGGAUCCAUUCCCGCCCGACCACGCCACAGGUUUGAUCAUCACCACGUGGACUUUUCACCUUGACGCGAUCCGUCUCCCCCUCCUCGUCAAUCACCUGGUUGGAUUGUUCCGACAGCUGCUGCCUCGACCAGCAGCCUCUCCCACUCAGUGCUAUUGUCCUGCCACGCCCUUUUUCUUCCACUGUACCACCACGUGUCAGAAACACUCAGUCCAUAAUGAAUUUCUCAGGAAUUAUUGAUAGACAUAAAUUAUUGAAUAUUUUUCUAAUUAAACCUCCGGUAAAAGGGA